AUGAAUCACUUUGUGAUUCGCAAGUUCCUUCUUGAUGACUCAGAUGAAGAUGAGAUAAUCGAAGAACUUGUUAUGGAAGCAUCACAACCUAAGCGUCGUCGUCGUUCUAUCCAACGUAAUCAUUUGGUAGGCCAUGAGAGGCUUUUUCUUGAUUAUUUUGCUCUCACACCAGUAUAUCCACCUACUUUAUUUCGUAGGAGAUUUCGAAUGAAGCGUUCUCUUUUUCUUCGUAUUCAAUCUCAAGUUGAAGCUCAUGACUCUUAUUUUGUCCAAAAAAGAAAUAGUGCUAACAAACUUGGUUUAUCUUCAUUGCAAAAGAUAACUGCUGCACUUAGAAUGCUUGCGUAUGGAGUAUCGGGUGAUUUGAUAGAUGAAUAUGUGCGGAUUGGAGAAACUACUGCAUUAGAAAGUUUGAAAAAAUUUGUUACUGCGGUAAUUGAUGUUUUCUCUGAAGAAUACUUGAGAAAGCCAAACAAUGAAGACAUUGCUAGACUGUUAGCUCACGGCGAACGUCGAGGUUUUCCAGAGGCAGUAGCAUCAUAUGAUCUUUGGAUAUGGCAUGCAUUUUUUGGAUUACCUGGGUCAAAUAAUGAUAUUAAUGUGUUAGAGCGAUCUCAUGUAUUUAAUGAAUUGGCUGAAGGACGUGCUCCUACAAUACAGUACUCAAUUAAUGGUCAUGACUACACUAUGGGAUAUUACCUUGCUGAUGGUAUAUAUCCAAAGUGGGCAACAUUUGUGAAAACAAUCCCAGCUCCACAAAGACAUAAGUAUAAAUUAUUUGCAGCAGCCCAAGAGGCGUAUAGGAAGGAUGUUGAGCGUGCAUUUGGAGUGCUUCAAGCACGUUUCGCAAUUGUCCGUGGACCUGCACGGUUUUUUCAUCUUGAAACACUCAAAAAGAUCAUGAAAGCGUGCAUAAUUCUCCAUAAUAUGAUUGUUGAAGAUGAGCGAGAAGAUGAGCGGGAUGAUAAUGAAGUGGUAGAUUUGGAUUAUGAACAAAAUGAUGGAGUGGAUAAUCCUCCUCUGCAAAUGUUACGUGAACAAAGUGAUGAAUUUUUGUCAUACAUUGAGAGGCAUGGACGCAUUAGAGACCGAGAAAUCCAUUUUCAACUCCAGUCGGACCUUAUUGAACAUUUAUGGCAAUUGCAAGGCGAGUCGUAG